AUGGAGGUGUUGAAGGAGAAUGACGGUGGCCAGCUAACCAUCCACAAUUUGCAACCCCCAGCGCGACGAAAGACACCUACCACAGCAUUGAGCCCAGAAGAGAAGGAGAACCAGAAGCGACUUGCCGAAGCCCAGCGGUCUUAUGGUAGGGGCAAGCCUAUUCCAACAGGUCUAGUUAAAGAUCGGAAACUCAGAGCGAACCUCAAGCGUCUCGAAUCCAAGUACAAAGAUGCAAUCCUCGCCGCCAAAGAUGCGGAAAUCUUGCUAGAAAAUCAGCAAGGUUUCCUGCAGCCCGAGAACGAUCUAGAAAAGACAUACAAAAUCCGGCAGGAUGAAAUACAAAAGGCUGUCGGGGUUCAGCAGGCCAAAAAAGCUAUUGAGCUGAGGCUUGACAUGGGUCCAUAUGUGGCAGAAUACACACGAAACGGACGAAAUCUCCUGCUAGCAGGUCGAAAAGGUCACAUAGCAACCUGUGAAUGGAGGGCUGGUAAGCCAGGUUGCGAGCUACACCUCAAUGAGACGGUACGGGAUGCUACCUGGCUCCACAACAAUCAGUAUUUUGCCGUAGCUCAAAAGAAACACACCUACAUCUAUGACCACGCCGGGGUCGAGAUACACUGCUUGAAUCAAUACGUUGAGGCCACCCAUCUCUCUUUCUUGCCAUACCACUUUCUCCUCGCGGGAAUCGAAAACAGUGGUUAUCUUCGCUACACUGACACAUCAACCGGCCAAAUCGUUGCCCAACAUCCAACUCGAAAAGGCUCACCCACAGCAUUCGCCCAGAAUCCCUACAACGCCAUCCUCCACGUCGGCCACCAAAACGGCACCGUCUCCCUAUGGUCUCCCAACUCCACAACACCGCUCGUCAGAAUCCAGGCCCAUGCUGGACCCGUCCGUUCAGCAGCCGUUGACCGCUCAGGCCACUAUAUGCUCUCUGCGGGCCAGGACCUCCGCCUCAAACUCUGGGAUAUCCGCACUUUCAAAGAGAUCCACUCCUAUAACACCUUCCACCCUGCCUCGUCAAUAUCCAUAUCCGACCGCGGCCUCGCCGCCAUCGGCACGGGCACCUCCGUAACCAUCUGGAAAGAUUUCUUCACCAGCGCCUCCAACACUAUCAACCACCCCACCAAAAUCCAAUCCCCCUACCUGACCUGGCACCACACCCAGAACCCCACCCCCAUCUCCCGCGUCAACUUCUGCCCCUACGAAGACAUCCUCGGCAUCUCCCACACCACCGGUUUCAGCAGCAUCCACGUGCCUGGCUCCGGCGAACCCAACUUUGACUUCCUAGAAGCCAACCCUUACGAGACGGUCAAACAACGCCAAGAAAGCGAAGUCAAAGCGCUCCUCAACAAACUCCAACCGGAAACCAUAGCCCUCGACCCGGAUUUCGUGGGCAAGUUGGACGUGCGCAGUGCGGAGCAGAGAGCUAGAGAUAAAGAUCUCGACGCGCCCAAGAGGGAUGAGCUGGCCGAGUUGAGGGAGAGGGAGCUGAAGGAGCGGAAUCGCGGAAGGGGCAAGAAUAGUGCUGUGAGGAGGUUCCUCCGAAAAAAGGGGGGCAAGAACGUGAUUGAUGAGAAGAGGCUUCGGUUGGAGGCGUUGAAGAGGGAGAGGAAGGAGAGGGUUGGUGCGAGGGUGGGGCGCGAGAAGGCGCAGUUGGGACCGGCGCUGGGGAGGUUUGUUCGGAGGGAUGGGUAG